UAUUACUUGGUCUGUUUUAUUUAAUGUUUGAACAGUCCACGGGCUUGCUGCCAUAACUAGUCUUCCUACCACCCUGUUUUCUCGGUGUGAUGCUCUUUUCCGCUAUCUAGGUCUUGUCCCUGGGUCUCUUUGGCUGCGACGGAACCUGGAAGUGGCGAGGCUGCAAACAUGCCCUUUCUUCUGCCAGAAACCCUUGGUGUGACAACACAGCAAAGACUGGUGAUUGCUGGUGCGGUGGGCCUUGCCACGGCUGGCAUCGUCAGCAGCGCAGUCUGGUGGUACAGAAGGACCUCCAAACCGGUGUUCAAACCGGUAGGCCAACUGAGUGAGAUUUGGAUCCACCCAAUCAAGUCGUGCCGAGGUCAUCAGGUGUCGAGUGCAGAGUGCACGCCGGCGGGGCUUCGCGGCAAUGGUCUGUACGACAGGGUCUUCGUCGUACUGAGUGAAGCAAAUAGGAUGGUGACUUUGCGACAGGAGCCCACGUUGGCUCUGCUUGAGCCACGAAUCUCGGAAGACGGAGACUGUCUCAUUCUCGAGGCGCCCGGGAUGGACCCGCUUAGCGUUCGCUUGUCGGACAUUGCGGAGUCUGUAAACCCUGUCAGAACAUUUGGAAUCUGGAGACUAGACGGGGAAGGUAUGGACUGUGGCGAAGACGCUGGAACCUGGCUGAGCACCUACCUCAAGAAGCCUGACCACAAGCUAGUCUACUUCAAGGAGGGCCACAAUAAACCCAGGCGACAGAAUAUGGAUUCCAAGUGGGGUGAUAAAUUCACCUCUAAGGACAAGCUGACGGGUUACCAAGACCUGGCUCCGAUACUUUUGCUGACUCAAGCUUCUUUGGACGACCUGAAUUCCCACCUGGAACAGCCCAUUUCCGCAAGAAAUGCCCGGCCAAACCUGGUAGUGUCGGGGGCCAGUGCCUUUGACGAGGAUUUGUGGAAAUACGUCAGGAUUGGCGACACUGUAACCAUGCGAAGGACGCAUGCGUGUGGAAGAUGCAGAUUGACGACAGUCGAUCCAGAGACGGGUGCGUUUAGGAGUGAUGGUGAACCGUUGGCAACUCUCAAAAAGUAUCGCAUGUUAGACAAGUCUAACCCGGAUAGCAAGCCUUUAGGUGUCGCUCCGGUGUUGGGGUCAAACCUUGUCUGUGAAGUCUUUGGAUCCAUCAAAGUUGGCGACACGGUGUACGCAGCAGUUUGAAUUCUUAGACGAAUCUUGUGACUGCGGUGACUAUCAAAGCAGGCGCUCUGUUAUACUGAAGGGCGACCAAAGGAAAUGCCCAAUGAAACAUCGCUGGGCUCGUCUCUAUAAACGAUGUUUAAUUGAGAUUUGAUCCUUCGAAUUUAUUUUGGCUCAGCAAAGGUAAUUGUGAAAUCUCUUUUAAUGUGAAGUGGAGUUUUACAUAGUUCAAUAAUUGCGAAUAAGAAUGUGUAAUUACAAUUAUAUAUGACAAAGGGAAAGCAUUAUGAUGUCUUUCAAUUUAUACAUGUAUUUUUCAACCGAAUUUUUAAAUCUCCAUCGCACACUCGUCAUAAUAUCAUGUCCUCAGAUUCAUGUAUAUUUUUAAGAUUCUAUUCAGGAAUAUUACACGUAUAUUAACUUGGAAUAAAAUGCCGCAAUAGAGCCUCAUUUUAACAGUACAGACAUGCAUUAACUAGGUAAAAGAAACUUUAAAAAUUGUCCAUUUGCAUAAACUCUUUUGAAAGUUAAAACAAGUGAAAUAAGUAAUGAGAUGACACUCUAAUUUCUGCAUGAGAAUAUUGACAUUUUAAAAAUUGAUUCUGUUAUCUGUUAAAUCGUUCUCGACCACAUCUAUACCAUCAUCUGACCAGACAGUGAAAUUAAUUUUCCCGAUAUUUUGUGACAAAGA